UGUCCAUGGUGCUGAAAUCCAUUUGAUGUGGUCAUACAGUUUUGAGCUGGUAAACCUCUGUGGUUUCAGUUUUUGUUUCUGCUGUUGCUUUCCCUUUCGCUGAAUAUAUUUUCCUAAAUACCUUUAACCCAACUAAAGCAAGAGGAAACCUUAACGGUAUGGUCUUGCGUGAAGUACUUUUAAUUUCCUUGUUGCUGAAAUGUUCCAUAUUAGUUAACUUCACUUGCUCUACUUUUUCCUUGGUCCUGAAUCUUUUGGAUUUGCUUAUUACUUUUUGAGAUAGUUCACUUCUCUUCUAAACCUACUCCUCACAAUUUUCACAUUUGGUGUCAGUGAAUUUGUUAGUUUAUAGAUUUCAAUAAAAAAAGUCAUUUUUUUCAUUUGGCUUGUGUUCCCAAAAUGUGUAUAUCGUUGGCCUAUUCUGGUGUCAUUGGAAGUUUCUCUUUUGGAUUCAUGAUCGCUAGAAUUUGAUCACUGCUUUCUUUUAAUCGAAUGCGGAUUAGAACAAUAUGAAAUUAUUAAAAAUGGAGCCUAAGUAUUAAUUGUGUUGUUUCAGUGAUGCACCGCUUGCCGAGAUAGUCCAUGUCCAUAUGUAUUUUUGGAAAUGCCUUUUGGUUAAAUAAGUCUUGAUGUCCCUCACAUGAUUUGGGUGUUUUUGUUGAUUGCGUAGAAUAAGCAAACAUGUUGCCUCAGAUAACUUCAAAUAAAGUUCUGGUUUAUGAGUUAGAGCUAUAGAAUUUUGUUUUUCAUCACGUUUCGUCCAAGCAUACCUUCACUUGUGUUAGAAGAUUGGCCUUCUCCUGACUUAACAGAAUCCCUACAAUAAUCAAGCUAUAUGUGUCUAUGAAUAUAGUGCAUUUAGGGUGAGCACAUCCUAUUUAUGUAUGUGAUUGAAAACGCACAACAGAUAUAUUUGGAGUCUUAAACGGCCAUUUCCGACACGACGUUUGCACAAUUCUUUUUUAUAUUAAUAUACAAGCAGAAAAAUAUACACUUCUGAAUAUACAAUGAAAAAAACUUCUCCAAAUUCAUGUUAUACCUCACAAAUACUCAUGGUGUCAGUGUAUACCAGCAAACGAAAGGGCACAGUCAUUCUCCACCCUUCUGUCUCAACGAAUUCAAAGCCUGACUCUGCUCUCGUACCGCAGUUGACGAAACCCGCUUUGUGUUGGACUGCUAUGUGUCUUUUUUAUUUGCUGGAUUAAAAAGCGAAUCCGACGUUGAUCUAAUUUGAGCUGUAGUUAAACGUCUUAGAUGUGUAUGGUCUUCCUCGCAGUAACAAUGGGAUACAGCAGUUCUGUGCUGCGUUACGGCCUUGCUGUUAUUUUGUUCGUCCUCCACCCCGUCUAUGGAGACGUGAGUUACUCUAUCCCGGAGGAAAUGAAACGUGGAUCUGUAAUUGGAAAUAUCGCGAAGGAUCUGGGACUUGAAUCUGGCACACUGUCUGCUCGAAAGGCUCGCAUUGACACCGAGGAUAACAGUGUGAAGUACUGCGGGGUGAAUUUCAAUACAGGAGACUUGAUCGUACACGAAAGGAUUGACAGAGAAGGGCUUUGUGCGAAACGAGCAUCGUGUGUUCUGAAACAGGAACUCGUUUUGGAAAAUCCUUUAGAAGUGCACCGUAUUACUAUCCGCGUUCAAGAUAUCAACGACAAUUCACCUCAGUUCAAAGAAGAGUCCCUUACAUUUGAAAUCCGUGAAAGUGCAGAUAAGGGUGCACGUUUUCUUUUGGACGAGUCACACGAUGGAGAUAUUGGAGAAAAUGCUGUUCAAGGAUACUCUUUACAGCAGAAUGAGCAUUUCAAAUUAAAUGUCAAGACAAAGGGCAGUGGACGUAAAUAUGGUGAAUUAGUUUUGGAUAAAGAAUUAGACAGAGAGGACAAAAGAGAGCUCAUGUUGUUGCUUACCGCAUUUGAUGGAGGCACUCCCCGGAGAUCAGGGACUGUAGUCAUACAUGUCAUUGUACUGGAUGCUAAUGAUAAUGUACCAGUGUUCAGUCAGACUGUUUAUAAAGCCAGUCUUCCUGAAAACUCUCCUUUAGACACAUUGUUAAUCACAGUCAGUGCUACUGAUGCAGACGAAGGUUUAAAUGGUGAAAUAACUUAUGGAUUUGAUGAUGUUUCAGAUGACAACCAAGUUUUCUGCCUAAAUUCUAAAACAGGAGACAUUAAGGUCGCUGGAUCUAUUGAUUAUGAAAAAGAAUCGUCAUAUGAAAUGCAGAUUAGCGCUAAAGAUGGGUUAGGAUUGGCGUCAUACGCAACUUUAGUCAUUGACAUUACUGACAUGAAUGAUAACGCCCCAGUGAUAUACCUAAAAUCAGUGACUAACCCCAUACCUGAGAACGUGUCACCUGGUACAGAGGUGGGCAUCAUUAACGUGCAGGAUAGAGACUCUGAGACUAACAGACAGGUCCGUUGCUCCAUUCAGCAGAAUGUCCCUUUUAAGUUGGUUCCUUCUAUUAAAAACUAUUAUUCUGUGGUGAGCACAGGACAACUGGACCGUGAACUAGUGUCUGAUUACAACAUUACAAUCACUGCCACUGACGAGGGCUCUCCACCUCUGUCCUCCUCUAAAACUGUUCAGUUAUUUGUAGCAGACAUCAACGACAACCCACCUGUGUUUGAGGAACAGUCGUACAGCGCAUAUGUGAGUGAAAAUAACAAACCUGGCUCCACUUUAUGUUCCGUUAGUGCUCGAGACCCCGACUGGAGACAGAACGGUACAGUGGUUUAUUCUCUGUUAUCCGGUGAGGUGAACGGUGCCCCGGUGUCCUCCUAUGUGUCUGUGAACGGAGACACGGGGGUGAUCCACGCUGUGAGGUCGUUUGAUUAUGAACAGUUCAGGAGCUUUAAGGUGCACGUGAUGGCCAGAGACAACGGUUCUCCUCCGCUCAGCAGCAACGUGACCGUGAGUGUGUUCAUAUCGGAUAUGAAUGACAACUCUCCUCAGAUACUGUACCCCGCCCCGGAGGGCAACUCCUUCAUGACCGAGCUGGUCCCCAAAGCUGCACACGGAGGCUCUCUGGUGUCCAAAGUGAUAGCGGUGGACGCGGACUCCGGACAGAACGCCUGGCUGUCCUAUCAUAUAGUGAAAUCCACUGAUCCGGGACUUUUCACUAUUGGUGUCCACAGCGGAGAGCUCAGGACCCAGCGGGACAUUUCUGAGUCUGACAGCAUGAAACAGAACCUUAUUGUGUCAGUGAAAGAUAACGGACAGCCCUCUCUGUCUGCCACCUGUUCCAUGUAUUUACUGAUUUCUGAUAACUUGGCUGAGGUUCCAGAACUGAAGGACAUUUCUUAUGAUGAGAAGAACUCCAAACUGACCUCUUAUCUGAUCAUCGCGCUAGUGUGUGUGUCCACCUUUUUUCUGACCUUCAUCAUCAUCAUCAUGGGUGUGAGGUUUUGUCGCAGGAGAAAGCCCAGACUGUUGUUUGACGGAGCAGUCGCCAUCCCCAGCGCUUAUCUUCCUCCUAAUUACGCUGAUGUUGACGGCACAGGAACUUUACGCAGCGCUUACAAUUAUGACGCCUACCUGACAACAGGGUCUCGAACCAGUGACUUUAAGUUUGUGUCAUCUUACAAUGACAACACACUGCCUGCUGACCAGACUCUGAGGAAAAGUCCUACAGACUUUGCUGAUGUUUUUGGAGACUGUGAUGACUCUCCUGAGGUAGGACAUUUGCGAAUCAUAACUUAG